CAGUUGCCAUGGUUAACCGGCAGAUUUGACAGCCGGCACGGAGACAGUGGGAGGUUAGACGGAGCUGAGAAGGUAAGGAUGGGAGAGAGGGCGCAGCAGGAGAUAAGAAGGACAGACAUUGCACCCAUUGCAGACAGCAGGCAGCAGGCAGCAGACAGCAGGGCCUUGUGUGCCUAUCCUUACCAUCAUAGGAGCUGGGAUCAUGCUGCACCUUGUAUGGAACACAGUGUCAUAUGUAUCAUUACAGCAACAUUCUACUAAUAUAAAAAUAUACAGUAUUUUAUAUGUCUAUAUAUUUUGUAAUUCUUUAUUUAAAGACAAGAUAUGUCACAUUACAUUGUGCCACAUCUCAAGAAAAAAAACAUGCAUACAAUUUCUAUAUUUUAACGUAGGAACAAUAAGAGAGAGAGAAAAAAAAUCAAAACAGUAUUCUCUAAGUAUCAAUACCAAUCAGAGUCAAGACAGGCCUACAUAGCCUUUCUAUGUAUAUGACCCACCAUUUGUAGAUAGUUGUAGUAAUGACUAGAGAUCAGGGCAACUCAUUUAUUUUACCUUCUAAGCAUUAAGCAGAGCAUAAUUGCUGUGGAAUUGUAUCAUCCCAUAUAACUCACUAUAUUCAUGUGCUCAUUUCCAUUCCAUAUUUAUCAAUUUAUCAAUAGAAUGUAUGCAUCAUAUCAUUUUCGCUCUUAUUUGUAUAAUGUGUGUUAUCCAUUUUUUAAAAUUCUUUUUAAAGAAAUAAAUGAAGACAUUAUUUGUGUACAUUAACAUGUUUUAUUGAUAUUAUCGCACUUUAUAUCAUUAAAACUUCACUUAAAAUAUAUGUAAAGGAGUAUCUUUCUUCAAAUCCUUAUUCGAAAAAGCUUGUGCUUGGUACAUUGAAAGCAAUGCAAGCCUUCAGAUUUAAAACACUAGGCAUACUAGGAAUGAGCUACAGGAUGGAUAAAAAUUGGUAAGCCAAAAACACAGCUUGUUGCUGGUACAGGCUAAUAAAAGAAUUGUUUAGCUAACAAAUGAAUGACCAAUAGUUUAAAUAUUUACUUGUCAUCAGACGAUAUUAUUGGAAAUCGAAAAGAACAGGCAUAUAGUAUACAUGUAUUUUUCUUUUUUAAAAAGGGAACCUUGGUGAAUAGGAACAUAAUAUAUAUCAUAGAAUGGUUUAAUUAUAUGUAAGGUAUUAUAUGGUUAAUACAUGCAUUUGUAAAGAAAAUUUAAAGGAACACUAGUGUCUGAAAUACAAACAAAUAUUGCUGACAUUACGGUGCUGAAAUGCAGGAGAGUAAAGGUGAUUUUAUUAUUAUAUUUAUAUAGCGCCCUCAAAUUCCGCAGAGUUUGCAAUGGGUGGACGAACAGACAUGUAGUUGUAACCAGACAAGUUGGACACACAGGAACAGAGGGGUUGAGGACCCUGCUCAAUGAGCUUACAUGCUAGAGGGAGUGGGGUAAAAUGACACAAAAAGGUAAGGAUAGUAUUAGACUAGUGACAGUUGCAGAAGAGGAAUUAGUCAGGAGCUAUUAACAGUUUAAUUGAUACGCUUUUAUGAAGAAGUAGGUUUUUAACGAUUUUUUGAAGGAGUGGAGACUGGGUGAGCAUCUAACGGAGGAGGAAAGCGAGUUCCACAGGAACAGUGUAGCCCUCGAGAAAUCUUGAAGGUGAGCAUCAGAGGUGGGAGUACAGACAGAAGAUAGACAUACGUCUUCAGCAGAUCGUAAGGGCCUAGACGGGACAUACUUGUGUUUAAGGGAGGAUAGAUAGGUGGGAGCAGCAUUAUGUAGAGAUUUGAAAGCAAGAACCAGAAUUUUAAAUUGAGCUCUAUAUUUUCUAAGAAGCCAAUAUAGGGACUAACAGAAGGGUGAGGCAUGGGAGGUGCGGGCGGACAGGAAGAUGUGCCUCGCUGCCGCAUUCAUUAUGGACUGUAAUGGAGCAGGUUUGGAGCACGUAAGACCACUGAGAAGCGAAUUACAGUAGUCAAGGUGAGAAAGGACAGUGGAAUGGACCAACACGUAAGUCGCAUCUGGUGUUAAGUAGGGCAGAUGCGCGCAAUGUGUUUGAGGUGGAAAUGACAGGAUUUGGAGAUUGAACAUGAGGCUUGAAGGAGAGGUCGGAGUCAAAGAGAACACCUAGGCAGUGAGCCUGCGUGGUGGAGCUGAUGGUAGCACCGGUGACUUGGAGGGAGACAGACACAGGAAUAACAACACUGGAGGGAGGAAAGACCAGAAUUUCAGUCUUGGUCAAGUUUAGUUUAAGGAAGUGGGCAGCAAUCCAGUUAGAAAUACCAGAGAGGCAGGCAGAUACACUUGUCAAGAGGGACGGGGGGAGAUCAGGAGAGGACAGGUAGAUUUGCGUGUCAUCUGCAUAAAUGAUAUUGGAAGCCAAAGGAGCUAAUGAGUUUACCAAGGGAGGCAGUAUAGAUGGAGAACAGUAGGGGACCAAGGACUGAACCUUGGUGGACACCAACAGAAAGGAGUUGGGGAGAAGAAGCAGAGCCAGAGCCAGAGAAAGAAACACUGAAAGAGCACUGGGAGAGGUAGGAGGAGCACCACGAGAGAGCAAUAUCUUGUAGACCGAUAUUGCAGAGGAUGAGAAAAUCUGUUGAUGAUCAACAGUGUGAAAAGCAGCAGACAGGUCAAGGAGAAUUAGGAUAGAGUAGUGACCAAGAGAUUUUGCAGCGAGUAGAUCAUUGGAUAUUUUACUCACCUUUUCUCCCACUCCACGGCUGGCCCUGCUUUUGUGGCUAAGAUCACCACUUUUGAAGGUCUCUGUCAAUCUAAAGCUUUCCAGUAGUGCCAAUCAGCAUUUCCGCAUAGAGAUACAUUGAAUCAGUGCAUCUCUAUGGGGAGUGUUCAGGACCUCCAUGCAGGGAGUGAAGACGCUAAACGCCAGUGCUGCUCACUGUGCAGCAAUGACACAGGAAGCGCUUCUGGUGGCCCUCUAACUGCCAUAGGAUGUGUCACUGGUCAGCAAUGUAAACACUGACUUUUCUCUGAAAACACAGUGUUUGCAGUGCUAAGGCUGCAGGGCCAUGCUAUAAACCGGUGGCGGUGUUUUGAGAAAUUUUAGGUGACUAAUAAUUUAUGCAACUAAAAUGUAAUUUAGAAGAAGAACAAUGUAUCUUACUGACACAGAUUGAUUUCUAAACAUAUUUAUGGUAACUUAAAGACACAUUACUGUAAGUAUUAUUGCUGUGGCGGUCUGUUAUACACUCAUACAGACCAACAAUAUGGAGCUCCAAGAAAAGAGUGUCAGAGGGAUCUGGGCCCAGAAUAGGGACUGACACCCAUAACAGGGACACUUAGGAGGUAUGCAUUAUUUAGAGAACUAGAAAAAGAUUAAGUUAAUAGGAAAAUGGCUUCCAGGGCAUAAACCCAUGAGAAAAGGAAAAAUGUAACAAAUUAUACCACUGCAGAGAAUUAAUGAAAAUAAUGAGUACAAAAUCUUAUCGUCCUAAGUCUUCAUAUAAAUCGUUUCAUGGAAAGCGAGAGUACUAAGAAUAUUGGAAGAUUUAAGAAAACUAGCCUUUAUUCAACAGAAUUGGGAAAAUGGUGUAAUGUUAGAGAGGAGGAAACUAAAUGGUGCACUUAAUACAAUUCCAUCUUAUUUUUUAUGUAGACAGGAUCGGAGAUAUCAAGUUCUUAUUGUGACCUUGAAGAUGGCCAAGGACAAAAACAGCAGGCAAGUUUUAAUGUUAUUUUGAUAAGGCGGGUAACUUUCAUGUAUGUUUAUAGAAGUGGAAAAUGUUCUACAUACAGUAUAAAUCCUGCAGGUUUUAAGAGAAUCCGCCAGUGAUUGCAUUGUGAUCAACUUCAAUUCUGAACAAUUAACAGUUUUAACUUGUACAUAAUCACAGUAGGAUUUACAGAAUAUUUAAGAUAGACAGAACUGCAGCUGGGCUGCAUUCAGAAUUUUGUUUUUAUUUAUGUAAAGGAAGUUACAUUUAAAACUCAGAGAGAAACGUGAUUUAUAAACUAGCAGAAGUACCCUCUGAUCACACAGACUAAACUAAAAUCUGGUUGCAUUUUGAGUGCAAUAUUUACAAUUAUGUGGGUGGAAGUGUCAAACUUUGGUAAAUGUAUGGUAUUGAGACAUUGGGGGAUCUUGGGGUGGAGGGAGGGGUUAUAAGGGCUUCUUAUUAGGAGUCAGGAACAUUUAUGUCUGGCCAGCAGCAACUCCAUUACAUGUGAAGAGUGUGUGUGUGUGUGUGUGUAUAUAUAUAUAUAUAUAUAUAUAUAUCUGUUUAUCUAAUUCAAGCGUGGUUGUCUGUAUGUGAGUGUAGAUAUUUGCAUUUGGGUAUAUUUAUUAAUCUGUGUAGGUGUAGAUAAGGGUAUUUGUUAUUUUAUCUUAGUUUUUUUUUUUUUUUUUUGAGUAUCUGUAUUUGUGUAUGUGUCCAUUUUCUAAAGAUGAAAUUUGACAGUGCGUAUCUUGAAUUUGGGCUCUGGAUUUGCUCCAGUGUGAAGAAAGGUGAAAAUAUCAUUAUGCUUACUCAGAAAGUGCUAGGGUGGCAAAUAUGUGUAGAUCUACUUUGAAGCAAAGUAGCAGGUAACAUUUUUAUGGGCUACUGUGCAAAAAUCCCUGUUCAAAAGUGUAGGCACCUGUACCUUUAAGUCCUGAGGACGAAUCAGAGUUUAAGUAAGAAGUCGUUACUGGCCGAAGUCUGAUUUUCCAUUCAUACCACAUACUGACCUUUUAAGUGUGAAUUCAAUUGGAAUCUCCAGUGUGAAGCUGAAUAUAGUAGGAACUUGCAAAAUAUGAAAUUGGCAGUGUAUUUUCACAUAAGUUCUUUAAAUAGAGAGUGUCAGGAUAACUCAAGUAUAAAGUUAGCAAGCACGCCCCGGACGCUAAAAAAUAUAUGUUGGCGUGUUCCUUUAAGCACUAAUGCAUUCUUGUUAUCAUACUGCCUGGAACUUGUACUAUGAUCUUUCAUUAAUGCUUCAAAGAUGAAAAUCCAAGCACACUAUCCAAUUGAAAAGCAUUCCUGCAGCGGCACAGUAGGUUCAAUGAUAGCAUGGGAGUGUUUCAUGCUACUGUAAAAAUGAUUAAUGACAAGAAAUAUUUAAUAUUAGACAACUAGACAAUCACAAGGAGUGGUUAGGAAUGUAUGAUCAGUUGGCUGUGUAUCUAGAAACCUCUACUCUUGCCAAAAAGCAGAUUAAAGAUGUUGGACUGUGUUUGCACUUAUCAUUGAAUAAUACACACACAUUCAGUCAUGCAAACUCACAUGCUGACUCUGGAAUCAACUUGUAACGUUUGGCUGUAUGGCAGCUACCACAUGCGGGAUAUAACUUGUGCCAUGUGGUCUUUAUAUUGAUGCAACAUCAGAGAAAUAAUAGAUCAAUUCAAAUGUGUUCUAUGCUCUCUUCUAGUACAUAAGCUAUUGUUAUAGGGUAUAUAGAAAAAUCGAAUGAAAUCUAGAAAACAGACCUUUAUUCUGGCAGGCUUAAAGACCUGGGCUCAACCCAAAUAAUUAUUGAUAAAUAAACUAAUCCGAGCACUUAAAGGGACACUCCACGGCCCAAAUUCAAAAUGAAUGAAAACGCACUGUUUAGUAGAUAUACCACAAAUGAAAACUUGCAUACAUUUAAGAAUGAAAAGCUGCAUAUCUCUUAUCUGCUGCCCUUGCAAGCCCUCCACUCUUGCUGUGACUGUCCAAUCACAGACUCAAUGAGAUGUCUUUGCUUUGGGAAAUUGCUGCCUCUCGAGUUCAGUGCGAAUGAGCUAAACAAACCAGGAAGUAACCGGACCUGCUGUCUGCUUGAAAAGCCAGGGGGGUGUAACCAGUAUAACUUUAUAAAAGUGUCAAUUUCUAUUGAAAUCUGCACUAUUUCCAAAAUGAAAAAGGGUACAUUCUGCACACAUAAAGCUUGUCAACAAGCUAAAGUGCUCUAAGGAUCUGGAGUGUCCCUUUAACAGCACUUGAAGAAUUGUCUUUCAUUAGAACAUGUUGGACAUGAACUAGAUCAUCAUAUUGAUUCUCUGAGGUUGAAUUACUUAGAAUGCUCAUUUCAAAGGCAUUGCCCAUUUUUCUAUUAUUUAUGCCAAUCAUUGAUUCUAGUGUUUUUAAUAUGCAUUUAGUGAUAUUUUUACUCUAAACAUCAUCUAUGCCAUCUCCUAAUUAGCUCCCUGACAAACUGUAUACUCUGCCUCUUGAGUAAGUCUUUCUCCUCAGAAGCACUUAUAGCGUUCCUUGCUAGCUAUAAGAGUGCUUUGUCUCCACUUCCCACACAAGAAUGCAAUGACAUCAUGAUGCUGUGUGAGGCUUCGAGCUCACAGCACAAAAGAUUUACACUGUAGCAGCUUCCCUGCAGAGCACACUACUGUUUAUUAGAUUGUGUGUUCAAUAAUUAAUUCAUUAAAAAAAAAAUUAAUUAUCGCUCAGCUUGGUCCCUCUGCAUUAUUGAUAUAUGCUUAGAUCCAUCUCCGUGUGUAAGCUAGCUAGGUCUGAUUUUUCUGCAUUGGUAUGUGCUUAGAUCCAUCUCAGUGUGUAAUCUAGCUAGGUCUGAAGUGUCUGCAUUGGUAUGUGCUUAGAUCAGUCUCACAGCUCAGUUCCACCUCCUUUACUCACAUGCUAUGUGAAAAAAGGAUGGGAGGAAGACUGUUUAGGGCCUCUCUCCAUUAUUUUCCACUACUGGAACCUGCACCUAUGCAAAGCAUGUGUGUUGACAGCAUUGUGGGUGAUGUAGUUCCCCUAAAUCUUAGAUUCUGGUUGUGUAACUAACUCCUCAUUAGAAAUGGGGAGCAGCACAAGUACAAUUGUUAUUAUAACCAUAUACAUAAUAUCUGAUUUAACCAUUAACUGUUCAUCCUUUAUAUUGAGAGUAGGCUAGAAAUCACUUGGUUUAAGUAUUUUUAAGAUGUUUGUUGCAAUACGAUUUUGCAUAUCUUUUUCACCAGUCUGAGUGUAUUUCUUUUUCUGCAGCAGUCUUCAUUUGCUGGAUCUACCCUGGGAAGAUGUGUUAGUCCCACAUAUCCUUUCGUAUUUACCAUUAAGACACAUUCUCAGCCUCCAAAGGGUUAGCAAACCUUUCCAGUCUCUAGUGCAACUCUAUCUGGCCAAUUGCCGUUGGUUUGACUCCACUCAGGUAAUUCGAUAUUUUUUUUCCUAUACUUUUUUUAAUGAAAAUUAUGAAACAGAUUGCGCAAGGUGAUAUUUAGGUUAAGUAUAAUAUUGUUAAUUUUCUACUGUAGUGGUGAAAUCAAUAUAUAUAUAUUCAUGGAGCAAAAAGUAACAGAGAUGGUUGUAAAGGAGGGAAUGAGAAGGUGGGCUUAUGAAGCAGACAGAAUGAUCAGAGAAACCCAGGGCUUUUGUGAUUAACGUCACCACUCACUCCUUACCUGUCUUGAUAAUCUGGAAUUUAAACAUCUGCAUUAUUAUCAGUUCUGUCUAAUGUAGACGGCAAAGAUAGGCUUAGAGCAGGUUAGCAGAAAAUGAGGAAUACAUUUACAAUGAGGCUAGAGUAUAAAAAGAUGGCUUUAUGACAAGUGAAAAAAGGAUGAUUCAUUGGAAACAGAUCUUUAUGGUGCUCGCAUGUAGAAAUUUAGUAACAUAGUAUUAGAGGUUGAAAAAAGAUGAAAGUUAAUUAAGUUCAACCUUUCACAUGACUCUUAAUUGGUGUUGAUCCAAAAGAGGCAAAAAUCAAAUUUUUCCACAGAUUAAAGGACCACUAUAGUGCCAGGAAAACAAACUCGUUUUCCUGGCUCUAUAGGGUCUUUAGGUCCACCCCACCCUCAGGGUCCCACUCCCGCCGGGCUCUAGGGGUAGGAAGGGGUUACCUUUCUCCAGCGCUGGGCUCCCUCGGCGCUGAGGACUCUCCUCCCUUUUCCAACAUCAUUGGCUGAAUGCGCAUGCGCGGCUCAAUGCUUUCCUAUGGACACUGGUGUCUUCUCACUGUGAAAAUCACAGUGAGAAGCGCGGAAGCGCCUCUAGCGGCUGUCAAUGAGACAGCCACUAGAGUCUGGAUUAACCCUAAUGUAAACUGCUAUGUUUACAGCAGGCAGGGUUAACCCUAGAUGGUUCUGGCACCCAGACCACUUCAUUGAGCUGUAGUGGUCCUUUAAGGAAAACAGGUUCUUCUUGACUCCAGUAUAGCAGUCAGAUUUCUCCUUGUAUUAACAAGCUGAUAGAUCUAAAUUGAACAUACUUUGACAGAGCUUUUUAUACCAACAAAACCUGAGAAACAGGAAGGUGGCUCCAGAAUACAUCAUCUGUAGAAGUAAAGCUAGCUGAGUUAGUGGUCUCGAAAUGUUAAGAGAGCUUUGGGGUGUUACAAGGGAGAGAUAUGAAAGGAAAUUCUGUAAAUAUUGAGAGUUAUGGCAGUAGAUCCAGAGAAAUACUGAAAUCUUAUGAGUGGUAUUUUCAUAAUAACUUGGCACAUAUGCCACCCUCUCGUUGGCAUUCUUACCCACUUCACUAUGUCACAUCUGAGAAACAUAGAGAAUAUAAUCAGGGAAAUCCCUGCUUCCCUUUAUAAAAGCAUUAAUCUGCAUUUUCUGUAAAAUACAGUGGUCCCAUCUGGCAAGGAGAGCGCUAAGAGUUCCGGAAAAAUGUUUACUCAUUAACAGAGCAAGAUAUAUGUAGGCAUGUAUUUAUCUAUUUACAUUGUCAGCCAAUUUGCACAUUGUUUUUGUGAAACAUUAUAAAUGUUUUAUAAUACAUGUUAUGUCAUUUAAAGUAAACCUUACAAUCCUUAGAAGAGUGGUGAAGGCCGUGCAUUUCUGACCGUAAAUGGAAGGCUUCAGUAAAGUAGUUAGGGUGAUGUAUUUUUAGCUCCGCCAAACUGUGUACACACAAAUGUAUACCUUUUUUAUGUAUUCAACAGAAUUAUCACAUUAUGAUUAUGUCACUGAACAGUUUAUUUUGAAUCUAAUUGCAGAUUUCUAACCAUAAUAGCUGAGUGGGGAAAAAUGUCUACUUUGGCAAUUGUGGCUUUUACCAGUCUGAAUUCUACUGUACCUAAUUAGGAAAAACCAUCUGCUUGUGAGGGGACAUUCGGACUACAAGAUCCAGACAUUGAUCACACAAUUUAUCAAUGUCCAGAUUUUGCAAUUCUGUCUCCAAAGGAGACCAUAUUUCAGCCUGUCUGAAUGCUGUCAGGCAGUGCAAAGCAAAUCUGGCCCUGGAGUGUAAAAACUAUUUUGCCCACUGCCAUCAUGAAUAUAUUUCAAAAUAAUCCUUGGCACACUGAAAGUAAAAAAAUAAAAGGGUAUGUGUGUAAAUAUGACCUCUUUUAACUGUAGGGAGGUAUAUUUCCUUCCUUACACCCUAAUCCAACAUGCCGCUCAACAAUUAAUGCCCCAGCAGUGCUGUCACUAAAAAACAAAACAAACAAAAAAACUGUACCUGCACAGUCACUAAAAAGGCCCUAUUCCAUUGAUUAGAAUAAUAGUGUCAACUGGAUUUUGCUUUCGUAAAUAUAAGCAAUUUAGUGAAUAACACUGACAGUAUUUGAGAAAAUGUGAAUUUGUGGAGAAUUACACGGAAAUUGAAAAAGGGGAAAAAAAUUGUCAAAACCCCAAAGCUGGAAAAGAGAAUUGUUGUUUUUCCCCCAAUUUAACUACGUUGGGCAAAUAAUUGCACUUCAUUGUUAAAUUCUCCACCAGUUCACUGUGUAGUGAAUAAUCUUGAUAGUAAAAAUCUGUACAAAGGAUCAGCGCUAAUAUACUAGAUCUUACAGAGAUAAAUAUAAGGCAGCACACCUGAAAAAUAGGGCUUCCUCACAGGCCCUGUAGAGUAGACAAAACUAAAAAAGGUGAAGGGGGAGGCGGCGCCACAGGUGAAAAAAAACCUGAUUUAUAAACUAUACAAGCAUAUAUAUAAGACACUAUAUAAGAGAAAAUACAUACAAGAUAAAAAAACAAAAAGAGUUUGAAAUAUGGAUAAUAAUCAAGAGUCCAAAAAGUAAGUCCAAAAGAGUAUAUGCCUGAUAAGUACAGCAAAAAGUCCAAGUAAAACCUUGUAUAAGACGUCAAUCACAAUCUUGUCAGGGGAAGUAUUCCUCAGUAAGAUAUGGGCAUGGGAUAUUCGUGAGAUCCGUAUGAAAAAAUAAAAAGAAAGCAAGUAAUGGUGCAGUAUAUCUCAACAGGUACUAAGUACUAUUUUUUUAAGAGGUCCAUAUGGUCCUACUCACGUUUUCCAGAGCUAUAAGACUAGCUCUAGUGUGGUUGGCAUACAGUGGUACAAUCCCCAAUUAUGGGAUACAUGAAGUUUUGUAGUAGAUGGAUAUCUUGUUGAUAUAAGGACCAUAUGAAAUAUAAAAGAAACCAUAACAGUGCUUAUUGUAUAAAAUCCAAUGGUGAAAUAAUAAAAUACCAAGUGGUUGCUCACAUUUUAUUGAGCAGGCAGACUGCUCAAUGGAUAAAGCUCGAGUGCUAUAAUCCCCACCAAGGAUUCUUUGAAGUAAAAUUCUCACUGGAACUAAUAAUAAUCUUGAUAGUGUCAAUAGGCCUAUGAUUUUGAUAUCUAACACUUUUAUAGAAUGUGUAUACAUCCAAAUGUUACUACUGCUUCAUGAUAUGAUGAUUUAAAGGGACACUAUAGUCACCAGAACAACUACAGCUUAAAGGACCACUAUAGUGCCAGGAAAACAAACUCGUUUUCCUGGCACUAUAGUGUUAAUAGGUCCCCUCCACCCUCAUGGAACCCCUCCCGCCGGGCUCUAGGGGGAGGAAGGGGUUAAAUGCUUACCUUUCGCCAGCGCAGGGGAUUCUCCUCCCUCUUCCGACGAAUGUGCAUGCGCGGCUAGAGCCGCGUACGGCCCUAAUCAGUCCAUAAGAAAGCAUUUCUCAAUGCUUUCCUAUGGACGCAAGCUUCUUCUCACUGUGAAAAUCACAGUGAGAAACACGGAAGCGCCUCUAGCGGCUGUCAAUGAGACAGCCACUAGAGGCUGGAUAAACCCUAAUUUAAACAAAGCAGUUUCUCUGAAACUGCUAUGUUUACAGCUGCAGGGUUAACCCUAGAUGGACCUGGCACCCAGACCACUUCAUUGAGCUGAAGUGGUCUGGGUGCCUAUAGUGGUCCUUUAAUGUAGUUGUUCUGGUGAGUAAAAUCAUUCCCUUCACGCUUUUUGUUGUAAACCCUGUCUUUUCAGAGAAAAGGCAGUUUACAUUAUAGCCUAUGGACACCUCCAGUAGCCACUCCUCAUAUAGCUCCUGGAGGUGCUUCAUGGGGCAGUGUGCAGCACUGCCAUUCAGUGUCUCCACUCUCUUUAUGGAGACACUGAACUUUCUUCAUAGAGAUGCAUUGAUUCAAUGCAUCUCUAUCAGGAGAUACUGAUUGGCCAGGGCUUUGUUUGGUUUGUGAUGGCUCUGCUGCCUUGGCAAUCUCAGCCAAUCCAGUGGGUAAACAUUGUGAUUGGCUGAGAUUAUCACUUCUGAUGAUGUCCGCCAAGGAGGGAGAUCAGAGACAGAACAAGCAGCAGCAAAUUGGCUUACUAUAUUUAGGAGGGCAAGGGGGGAGGGAGGCCCAGAUGGUGUUUUUAACACUAUAGGGUCAGAAAUAUCCUGACCCUAUAGCGUUCCUUUAAGCAGAACUGCAUGCCAUAAUAGACACAAUGCAAUGAAACACUUUGCUUAUCAAUGAUUAAAGUAUUUAUCGAAUAGAUUUAUAUUGGCUUUAAUAUUAGAAUUACAACAUACUACGCUGUCCGUUCAGUUCUUCACGCAUUGUAUCAUCUUUAUUUUUUCUGCAGAAGGAACACUACCUAUAGCUUUUCCACCACCUUCCUUUUAUGAUGUUUCUUUAUUUUUUGUUUUACAGCUUGGAUCACAAUUACCCAAGAGAGCUUUUUGUAAUAUGCUUAAAGAUAAUUCAGUUUUGCAGAGACUUGACUUACGGAGCUGCUCUGAUUGGUUAACAGACAAGGAGCUGCUUCCUAUAAUUGGUCAGAAUCACCAUCUCCUUCACAUAAAUUUAAAUAGCUGUGUGCAGCUGAGCCGCCAGUCACUAGUUGCAAUCUCCCUAAGUUGCCCUCACUUACAGAACAUCUGCCUCGGUCACUGUGAGUGGGUGGAUUGUCUUUCCCUCCGUAGCCUUGCCGAUCACUGUAAAAACUUGGAGGCCGUGGAUCUGACUGCAUGUCGGCAAGUCAAGGAUGAUGCCGUGUGCUACAUGGUGUCAAAAAGCAAAAGACUAAAAUCACUUUCACUGGCUGUUAAUGCAAACAUCGGUGACGUUGCCGUAGAAGAAACGGCUAAAAGCUGUCGAGAUUUAGAGCAUCUCGAUUUAACAGGAUGUCUGCGUGUGAAGAACGAAUCAAUAAGGUACUAGUUAUUUAAUGUUAGUAACUGUAUGUAAAAUGGAAAAUUUGCACUCGAAAAUGGGGUCAGUAAUGGAAUUCUAAUUAUGUUUUAUUACUGAAAAUAAAAUGACAAAGAAUAAAACGUAUUUAUAGAUUUUGUAAUGCAUACUUCUAAACUUCGGAAGGGCCUCGUUUACCCCACCCCUGCUUCCUGGAGAAAGCCAUCUUCAAAUCACUCUAGCUGCACUAAUCUGACUGAUAACCAUGUUUAAUUUGAAUAGUUGAAACUUUCUCAGAGCCAGUUUUUGACAUGUUUGGCAAUUGUCUGGAUUUGUGAAUGCAUGAUAGCUCUCAAUUGCCUGUAUGGUUUGACGAUAAUACUUUUGAAGAACGAGUACAUAAAGAAACCCUGUGUAUGUAUACUGGGCACUACCAAUCAGUUAGACUAUUUGUGGAAAGGUGAUGUAUGGCCGAAGAGGCGGUGGAUAUGCUACAGAAAGCUGCUAGACAAAUAGAGUAAGAAUAUGAAAAACAGAAAAUGCACUUAUGUUGUGUUAAUUCCUGGAGUGUCUCUUUAACAAUGGUGGCCUCAUUUACAGGAAAUAGGUAUUUACAUUGCACACAGUCUAUAAUAGAUAGAUUUUACUUUAAAAUAGAUUGUUUAUGGUAUGUAACAUGAAGGUAAAUAUUGAUAUUUUAGUUGCUUAAUAUGCAUUUGCUGAGGAAAAGAGAGAGUAAUUUAUACAUGAUACAAUUCCAAAGUCCUUUUCCACUAAAACUGAUUAGAAAGGAGGUCAAAGAGGAGGAAAAAAUAUAAUAAUUUACUAAUCAAAAUGUACAAUUGUACAGAGCUCCAUACAAAUCUAACAAAGAUUUUUCUCAAAUGGUGAUUUUUAAAUGGUUAGUCGCACCAAAAAACUCUAUUCACUAAUUUAACAUUAGCCAUCAUGGGAGUACUUUCCACCUAUGAUGCUCCUAGAGGUGGACUUACACCUCUGGCAACAAAACGAAGUAUCACUGUAUGUGCAGCAUGAAACCUAACUAUACUAGAAAACUGUUCACUGAUAAAAGAAAAAGGGAUAUUUAAGGCAGACCCAACAUUUGUUUAGGUGGGGCAAGAGGGGCAGUAGUUCUACACUGUGAGCGUAUUCUUAAAUGUGAGUUGAUGAGUUUCCUGCACUGUCCAUGUCUGCCCUCUGAUGGCUCUUCUUUAAGUCCUCCACUCUCCUUCCCCAAUCAUUACUCCCCUGUGUUCCUGUAAAACUAAUCAGCUCAUAUAUUCCUGCAGUUGACUCCCUCUCCAAACCCAUCAGUCACUAUGAAUAACCCUGCUACCUCGAGUAAUCUGCCCCUCAUUUAUACCUUUUUUUUUUUUUUUUUAUCCUGGCAAACUUACCAAUUACCAUGCUGCUUAUCUGCAAGUCUAGUCUACUCUACAUACUCAAUAGUACUGAUGUUUAGACGUGUUUGUUAAUUUGUCUCUAACAAACAAACCAAAAAAUGAGGCUGUCACACUCCAGAGUUCAUUUAAUUGUGCAUGUUGCUGCCUGCAAUUUUGUUCUGUGCCAUCUGCAAAUCAUAUCCCUUUGUCCAGAUAUUCUGUAGUAACCUGUCGUUUUGUUUUGCCUCUGCAGAACUCUUGCCGAAUACUGCAGCAAACUGAAAUCCCUAAAAGUAAAGCACUGCCACAACGUGACCGAGUCCAGCUUAGGAAUCCUGAGGAAAAGAGAAGUAGAUUUAGACGUGGAACCCCCUUUACAACGUGCGUUGGUUCUGCUGCAGGACGUUGUUGGAUUUGCACCAUUUAUUAAUCUGCAAAUCUAGCAAGCUGCAAGACAGCGAGCAAACAUCCCUUCGACUCUCUUUUUCUUUCUGCUCUUAUGUUUUGCUUCAUAAACGCUGGCAAUAAGAAAGCCAUCAUGCCCUGAAACAUUGCCAGGAUGGCACACUGACUGUAGCUGGACUUUACAGUUAGCAGUAAACUUUUAAAGAUGCGAUGAGGACGAAGAACAUUACUUUGUGCUAGAGGCAGUGCAGAUUUACUGUUCUAAUUCAACAGGAGGUUGGAUCGUGAUUAUUAGCACACAGCACAUUGUGGUAUUUUGAUUUGUAGACAUUUUACAGGAGAAACAUUCGAUCAUCAGGCUAGACCUGUAGGCUAUGCUUAUUUAUUAAUGUAGAAGAGUCUUCUGCAUGCCCCAUCAAACAGUAGAGAUGUUCACAAACAGACACACAGCUUGGUUAUUGUACAUACUAGAAUUACAGAACAGCUUUGGUUAUGACCAAUCUCUUGUAAAUGUGUCUAAAAUUUAUUAUGAUUUUCAAUUGCUUUGCUGAAAGUGUUCUGUGGUUAGACAUCUCAAUAAACGAAGUCGAUGUAGUGUU